GUCAAUCAGGAAGCUCUUCUUUCAAAAUUGGGUGUGUAGUAUAACGUCAACACAGACAAUUGUUUUUACCCAUUGGAUUUUUAAAAAGGGACUUCACCUGACAACCAAAUACAGUUCAACAAAUAUCUGCCCCGUUGAAGAAAAGAAGAUAUUCUAGGAUCCUGAAUGUUCGGUGUGUUGCGCAGAGAUGGCGUUGCAGGAACGAGCGCGGAGCUGUUUGCUGCGCUUUCGCCACAGACUGGAGCAGGACAUCAAGUCCUCCUACCUGAUGGACCACAUGAUCAGUGAUGGUGUGCUGACUGUGGAUGAGGAGGAGAGGAUCAAUAACAAGCCCACCAAGAAGGAUCAGGCUGUGGCCCUGCUGGAUCUGCUGCUGAGGAAGGACAACCGUGCCUACAUCUCCUUUUACAACGCCCUGGUCAAGGAGACAUACAAUGAUUUGGCCAGUCUGCUUCAUGAUGACCUACCGCAGACGUCACCUGAUGCACAUAAGAGUUCCUAUGUUAGCUUCACACCCUGUGGUGAGGAAGGGCAGUCGUGGGUGUUUUCACCAGUGGAGAGAAUGGAAGUCGAGACAGUGCUCAGUGAAGGUGGGGUACCACAGAGGCCCGUUGUGUUUGUCAACAGACCAGAGCUUGUGAACCGUGUCAGGGAGAAACUCUACCGGCUGCAGAAGGACCCUGGCUGGAUCACUGUCUUUGGAAUGGCUGGCUCGGGCAAAUCCGUCCUGGCUGCUGAGGCUGUCCGAGACCGUGACCUCAUUAAAGAGUGCUUCCCCGGAGGCAUUCACUGGCUGUCCAUCGGCCAGCUGGACAAACCAGACUUGCUGGUGAAGAUCCAGUCAUUGUGUUAUCGUCUGGAGCAGAGCCUGGAUUCCCAGUCCCUCCACCGCACGCCCAACUCUCUGGAUGAGGCCAAGGAGCGCCUGCGCUUCCUCAUGCUGCGCAGAUAUCCGAGAGCGUUGCUGAUUCUAGAUGAUAUCUGGGACAGUACAGUGCUGAAGGCGUUCGAUAUCCACUGUCGGAUUCUUUUGACCACCAGAAAUAGAAGCCUCGCUGAUUCUGUUAGUGGUGCUAAACAUGAGGUGGAAGUGGAGAGUGGUCUGGAUGAAAAAAAGGGGCUGGAGAUCCUCGCUCUGUACACUAACACUAAACUCCAGGGACUUCCUGAGGAGGCUCGCAGCAUUGUCAGAGAAUGCAAAGGUUCCCCUCUGGUUGUCUCCCUGAUCGGGGCUCUACUCAAAGAGAAACCUAACCGUUGGCGUUACUACCUCGGCCAGCUGCAGCAGAAGCAGUUCAAGCGUAUAAGGAAGUCAUCGUCUUAUGACUACGACGCCCUCGACCAAGCCAUGGCGGCCAGCAUUGAAGUCCUACCUGAUGAACAUCGAGAGCUCUACAAGGACUUUACUGUGCUGGAGAAGGACAUCAAAGUCCCUGCAAAGGUGCUGUCUGUUCUUUGGGACUUGGAGCCGGAGGAUGUGGAGGACAUUCUUGGGGAGUUUGUCAACAAGUCUCUGCUUUUUAUGGACAGUCACAAUAAACCCAACCUGUACUACCUCCAUGACCUCCAGCUUGACUUCCUGGUGGAGCAGAAUCGCACUCAGCUUGAGAGCCUCCACGCUAAGGUGGUUCAUCAGUACCAGCAGCACUACAGAGAUGGUCCCCCCACCUCUGGAGAUGAGGAAUGUCUCUACUGGAUCAGAUUCCUCACCUACCACAUGGCCAAAGCCAACCUCUCCCAGGAGCUCUACUCCCUCAUGUUUUCUCUGGACUGGGUCAGCAUCAAGUCCAAGAUAAUGGGACCAGCUCACCUCAUCAAUGACUAUGUGGAGUUUGGACCCAUUCUGGACAAAGAGAACAGUGAAGUGCGUAGUCAAUUCCAAGAGUUUCUGUCUCUGAACGGCCACCAGCUGGAGCAGCGUCCUUUCCCUGACGUGGUGCAGCUUGCUCUGUCUCAGCCACAUACCUCCGAGGUGUACAGACAGGCUCUGCUACAGGCGCAGGACCGGACCAGCAAAGGGAAACUCUACUUCGACUGGCUGAAUAAGAGCAGUGUAGAGAGUCUGUCCCGUCUGGUGAUCCACCCCCACCAGGGCUCCAUCUACUCCGCCUGCUUCUCCCAUGAUGGAGCCAAGAUCGCCACCAGUGGAGCUAGCAAGACAGUCAAGGUGUUUAAAAGCACCUCAGGUGAGAAUCUCGCAGAGAUCCAGGCCCAUGAUGAUGAGGUGCUCUGCUGUGCCUUCUCCCCCAAUGACCAUCUCCUAGCAACCUGCUCCAGUGACAGGAAAGUCAAGGUGUGGAACCUGGAGCGAGCCCUGCUGUUAAGGGUCUUUGACGAGCAUGAGGAGCAGGUCAACUACUGUCAGUUUACCAACACAGCACGACGCCUCCUGCUGGCCACCUGCUCCAACGACAAAUGCUUAAAUGCCAAGUUGUGGAACCUCAACAAGCCAUCCUCCCAGAACACCUUGUUUGGCCACUUCGAGCCAGUCAACCACUGCUGUUUCUCCCCUGAUGACACCUAUGUGUCCACUUCCUCUAAUGACGGUACCGUUAAGCUGUUUCAGGUGUCGUCUGCCAAUGAGUGGAAGACAAUCAAUGUGAGGGACAUGUUUACAGAGAGCGAUGAAGAGGUCCCUGUCAAGUGCAGCACCUGGACUGCUGACGGCAAACGCAUCAUAUGUGCAGCCAGGAACGCUGUUCUGGUGUUUGACGUGGAGACAUCGGACAUGUUGUUGGAGAUCAGAACAAAUCGUCUGAGCACGGUGCAGUACUGUCACGCAUGUGCUACCAGUAACCUGCUGGCUAUCGCGUUCUCCAACUAUGCUGUGGAGCUGUGGGACUUGGAGGCCAAUAAGAAGAUGGCUGACUGCAGUGGUCACCUGAGUUGGGUUCAGCGUGUCCAAUUCUCUCCUGACGGCUCACAGCUGCUCUCCUGCUCUUACGACCAGACUGUCAGGUUAUGGGAGACUAAGAAGGUGCACACCACCUCAGCUGUCUGCCUGAAAAGAGACUCUGACGUUCUCUUCAAUAAUGAAGAAAUAAUAGUGUCAGCUGCAGACAACCGCAACAGACUGCAGGUGCGUGAUGGCAGGACAGGAUCAGUGCUGUUCCAGUCGGAGGAGAAGUCGUCCAGGAUCCGGUGUACGUGUAUGUGCAGGCAGCUUUCUGCUGUGGUCCUGGGCCAGGAAGAUGGGACUGUAAAGGCAGCAGGGCUGACAGCUAGUCAGGUACUGAGGACUGUUAGCUGCAGGAUCCGACGACUGUUGACAUCCUUCAGGGGGUUGGUGCUGGCUGUAGGGCUAUGUACAGGCAGUGUACAGGUGUUGGAAGUCCCCUCUGGGAAGCUCCUAGCCUCUCUGCUGGGACACACCAAGACGGUGCUGCACUGCCAGUUCAGCCAGAACGGCCAAACACUUAUCACGUCCUCCGAGGACACCACCAUAAGGGUGUGGAGGUGGCAGUCUGGGGAGUGUAAAGUACUGCAGGGUCACAAGGAACAGGUCAGAUGCUUCUCUCUGCUCUCCAGCUCACCGGCCGACACAAGACUGCUGUCCUGGUCCUUCGACGGCACUGUCAAGAUGUGGGACAUAGAAAGUGGAGAGAAGCUGCAGGACAUCGAAGCUCAUCGGGAAACCAUUCUAUCCUGUCAUGUCUCGCCAGAUGGAUGCCUCUUCGCCACCACCUCUGCUGACAAGACUGCUAAGUUGUGGCACUGCGAGUCCUGGCAGUGUAUCCGCACACUGAGCGGCCACCAAGACUGUGUCCGAAGCUGCCGAUUCUCCUGGGACGGCCGACGCCUCGCAACAGGAGAUGACAAUGGAGAGAUUCGGCUCUGGAGCGUCAAGGAUGGCUCUUUGCUGAAGAUUUGUUCCCGGGAAGGUAAAGACGGUAUGGACUCGCUGCACGGAGGCUGGGUGACCGACCUGCACUUCUCCCCCGACAACUCUCUUCUGGUCUCAACUGGCGGUUACAUCAAGUGGUGGGAUGUGGAGAAAGGCGAGGCCCUGCAGACCUUCUAUCCGAGGGGAACCGCGUUGAAAAGGAUCCACGUCUCAUCCGACUUCUCCACCUUCGUCACCAUUGACAGCAUAGGCAUCCUCUACAUCCUGCAGAAGGUGGUGUGACGUUGCGAACACUGCUCCGUAAGACCAAAAAAAUAAAUAAAGAACACCACGAUCUGACCAAACGGUCCAUUUUUUCUUGCAAAAACCUGUAGUGUUGCAGACCUUAUACAGAAGUAGACAUGUUUUUGUGGGAUUAAGGACACUUGCUGAAGGCUAACUGAAAGCUGCAGCAUCCCAUAACUGCACAUUUCUCAGAUAAGUUUACAUUUCCACUGUGCUCUUUCUACAUUAAGGCUGACACUAGCCAACAGCAUUACAAUAGAACCCAUACACUUUCAGUUCUGUGGGGUCAAAUGACUAACUAACUUGACUUUACCAGUGAACACCAGCUUUAAAUAAAAACUGCUCCAGCGGCAAUCAACUGUUGGGAGCGUCGAUGCACCGUGAAAGCACAAGAGCCUAAUGAGUCCUGCUCCAAUCUCUCUGUUUUACACAUGAAGACAGUAAAUGCAAAUGCACGCUUUUUGUAGAUAAAAUAGAGCAGAAUCUCCUACAGAAACAAGGAAAGGUGCCUUACAAAGCAACAUGUUCUUCUCAAGCAG